AUGGAUGUAAUACAAUCCAAUAAAAACUUUACAGUUUCCAUUAUGAUUGACAUUACACAUUUUGAUUUAACAACUAUACAUACUGGAUCUGAUUUCUCUUCAUAUUUGGACCAAGUUGGAAUUAUUGGAGGUUCUGGAUUCGACGAUCCAGAUUUACUACAAGAAGCAAAAGUGCGAACAGUAACUACUCCAUUCGGAAAUCCAUCAAGUUUUCUUACUGAAGGUUUUGUUGAAGGUGUCCCGUGUGUUGUGCUUCCCAGGCAUGGAAAGGAACAUUUACUUCCGCCAAGUGAGAUCAAUUAUCGGGCCAACAUUUGGGCGUUAAAAGAACUUGGGUGUACUCACAUAUUAGCCACUAACGCUUGUGGUAGUCUUCAGAAAGACAAAAAACCUGGUGAUUUCGUUGUUCUCAACCAGUUUUACGAUAAUACUCGAAAUCGAGAGCUUACGUUUUAUGGAAGUGGGCCUGGUUCACUGAAAGGAGUCUUACAUAUGCCGAUGGCAGACCCAUUUUGUGAAGAAACACGUCAGGUUCUAAUCAAAGCAGCUAAAAAUCUAUCACUGACUAUUCGUGAUAAAACGUGUAGUUCAGAUACAAUUAUCAAUCAUCCGUGUGUACAUACUGAAGGUUCUGUAAUUACGAUUAAUGGCCCACGUUUCUCAACUCGUUGCGAAUCAUUGUUAUUCCAAAAAUGGGGUUUCGAUUUGAUCAAUAUGACAUUAGUUCCUGAAGUUUCUUUAGCUCGUGAAGCUGGCUUAAGUUAUGCUUCUAUAGCAAUUGUUACAGAUUUUGAUGGUUGGAAAGCAGAUGAGGAACACGUCUGUGUUGACAUGGUCUUGGAACAGUUUAAUAAAAGUGUUGGUCAAGUUAGAAAACUCUUAUUAGAAGCUGUGAGACUGAUUGGUGCUCGUGACUGGACAAAAACUAUUGAAGCAAAUAAGGCGCUAGUGUUGAGCUCACGUCAAGACUUACUUCAUCAAGAAAGUAAAGGCAAAUAA